UAGUUCAAUAACGUUCUGGUUACUUCCCACAUGACUGAAUGUUUACAACUACAAACCUGUUAUUGAACGCGUUGUCGAUGGACCCAGAAAGAUCGGCAGUGAAGCAUUUUUCCUUACAAGCCGUUUAAAGAACCUGUCGAGAUGUUGCGUGGCAAAACAAUUAUCGUGACGGGGGCAAACAGCGGCAUUGGAAAAGCAACGGCCGCGGAACUUCUGCGGCGUCAGGGCCGAGUGAUCAUGGCGUGUAGAGACCGAGAGCGGGCAGAGAAAGCUGCCCUGGAGAUCCAGCAGGAGACCGGACCUGACCAAGGGGAGCUCGUGAUCAAACUCCUGGACCUGGCAUCGCUUAAAUCUGUCCGUAGCUUUUGCGAUGAAAUACUUAAGGAAGAGCCAAAGAUUGAUGUCCUGAUCAACAAUGCCGGCAUCUACCAGUGUCCUUACACCCAAACAGAAGAUGGAUUUGAGAUGCAGUUUGGUGUCAAUCAUCUGGGCCACUUUUUGCUGACUAACCUCCUGCUGGACCUCCUCAAACGCUCCGCCCCAAGCCGCAUCAUAGUGGUGUCCUCCAAGCUCUACAAGUAUGGUGAAAUUAACUUUGAUGACCUGAACAGCGAGAAGAGCUACGAUAAAGCUUUCGCCUAUUCGCGGAGCAAGCUAGCUAAUCUCCUCUUCACGCUGGAGCUCUCCCACAAACUAGAAGAGACGGGAGUGACUGUAAACGCGCUCACCCCAGGGAUCGUGAGGACUAACCUGGGAAGACAUGUCUACAUCCCCAUGCUGGUGAAGCCUCUAUUUAAUCUGGCUUCUUGGGCUUUCUUCAAGUCCCCUGAGGAGGGAGCACAGACUUCUAUCUAUCUGGCCUGCUCACCAGAUGUGGAAGGUGUUCAAGGGAAGUGCUUUGCUAACUGCCAGGAGGAGCAGCUGUUGGAUAAGGCCACCGAUGAGGAGGUGGCCAAAAGACUGUGGGAUAUUAGUGAAGUGUUGGUGGGCAUGACAACCUAAAAGAAAGAAUUUUAAGAGAUAGUUUAGCCAAAAAUGAAAAUUAGGUCAAGAUUUACUUACCCUCGAGUUGUUCCAGACCUGUAUACAUGUCUUUGUUCCGCUGAACACAAAGGAAGAUAUUUUUGAGCAAUGUUUGUGUAACCAAAUAGUUUUGACUUCUAUUUUCCCUACAAUGGAAAUGAUGGUCGGGCUUGUUUACAUUUAUCUUCCUUUGUGUUCACCUGAACAAAGAAAUGUAUACAGGUUUGGAACAACUCGAGGGUAGUAAGUAAAUAAUUACCUUAUUUUCAUUUUUGGCUAAACAAUCCCUUUAAAGGAAUACGCCCACAUUUUGGGUAUUAAGCUUAUACACCGUAUCCCCUAGAGUUAGAUAAGUGCAUGCAGUAACUCUGUCUGACGCAGCCCCUGCUAGCAUAGCUUAGCACAAAGACUGGAAGUGAAUGGCUCCAGCUAGCAUACUACUCCCAUAAGUGACAAAAUAACGCAAACAUUUUCCUACUUAUAUGUUGUGAUUUGUUUAGUCACACCGUGUACGAAUAACAAAGUCAUAUGACACGCCAUCUUUUAUAUACAUACUUGGAACUAUGUUCUCAGAAGGCGAAGCACUGCUACAUUGGCGGAGUGAUUUGCACAACUCUGACCAAACUCUCUGCUCAUCACCAGGGCACUUCUCGGGUGCUGCAAGCAAAUCACUGUAUAAAAGAUGGCUGUGUCUCAUAUGACCUUGUUAUUUGUACACGUUGUGACUAUACAAAAACACAUAUAUAGGAAAAUGUUCGUUGUAUUUUGUCACUUAUUGGGAGCAGUUUGCUAGCUGGAGCCAUUCACUUCCAGUCUCUGUGCUAAGCUAAGCUAACGGUGGCUGCGUCAAGCAGAGUUACUGCACGCACAGAGAUGAGAAAGGUAUGUAUGGACUUAUCUAACUCUGGGGGAUACGGUGAAUAAGCUAAAUUCCCAAAAUGUGGGCGUGUUCCUUUAAGCAGUAGACAGUGCACAUUGCUUUCCAACCUAAAGACUUAGGAUUUACUCACAAUGUUAAUAAUUGGCUUAAAACUGCUUAAUUGAAAAUAAAAAGCACACAUAUACAGUAUUUACCAUCAAGUAAGUAUUGUGGGGAGAACUGGCCAUUAGACACAAGCAAAAUGUAUUUAACAUCCACAAGAGGGGGCUGUUUUCCAUAAUUAUAUACUUUGAAUAAUAAUAUUUAAAAUAAAAUUUAAUUAGCAAUUCUUUUAAUAAGCAGUGAAAGGACCAAUCAGUAAAAGUGUUUAAAUUUUGUACACUAUACUGUAUGCACUGUGAAAGAACAAAAGUUGUUUUGUGCUUUUUUGUUGUUGGGUAGGAACUCAAUUUAGUAUACACAAAACAUCAGGCCUAAUUUUCUUGUUGAUCUGUGCACAAUUUACACAGUUUAUCUUGCAUAUAACGAUUAAAACGAAUGAAAAACUUAAA